GACAGUACCGUUUCAGCGGAGAACACCCAACGGCUAGUUCUUAUUUUGAAAUUUUAAACAGAUCCGAAACCAAAAUGAAACCAAAUCUGAAUUCAAUAAUUCAUUUCCUGUUCCUCCCUUUCUCUGUCUGCCCCUCGCCACCCCUCUCUCUGUUGCGACACCUCCGCAUAAGCUCCGACAAGCAGCAGGUUCACCGGCUCAGGAGCGUUAGGGCAUAUAAGGUCCCAUUUGCGCAUCUUUCAGCUUAGAUUUCUCCCCAUGAGUCGAAAUCUUCAACAAUAGAAGUAUUGGAAAGCUUUGAAGUUGGUAUGUGGAUGAUGAUUGCAGGGAAGUUGAUUGCACCUGAUCGGAGAAUAGGAAGCGAAACCAAAACAUAGCCCCUCACCUAUCGAUACCCAGAGCUCUUGCAUUUUUCUAGGUAAUCAAACAAUUAAAAAAAAAGUGAUGGAGGAGGUUUGUAAGUCGGGAGAAGACCUGAGUCCUCAUCAUCCCCCUCCUCCUCCUCCGCCACCUACUCAGCGGCGGCCGAGGGUCAGAGAGGUCAGCUCCAGGUUCAUGUCUCCGGCUGUUUCUAGCUCUUGCAGCUCCUUCUCCUCUGUUGAUCUUAUGCCUUCCAAAUCCCCACUCUCUAAAGCAACUACCAUGGAAUUUCAUCAACCAAAGCCGCGCUCGACCUCUGUGCAAAGGAGGCGACGGCACCUGGAGAUGGAUCCCUUGUGCUGUGCUGAUGAGAACAGGCCCUCCGAGACCACUCAAUUUCAGCGGUUAGGAACUCCACUGCCAUCAUCCCACUUGAAAGCUCCUCCCCAAAACGUCACCUCUCAAAGGAAACAGCAACAACAACAACAGCCACAACAGCGUGUAACUGCAAAGCUUCUCAAAGAGAACGGAGGGGGCAGAGCAGAAUUAAUUCAGCAGAUUCCCUCGAGAAACUCCUCAAGAACCCCUGCUGCCUCAUCGAGGCCUGACACGCCCAUGGCAACCAUUGUCCCAUCAAGAUUCAGACUCACGCAGCAGCAGCAGCAGCAGAGGUCGUUUUCUGCCAAUUACACAGCUGCUGCAAAGCUUUUACAAGCAAGCGGCAUGAUGUCUUCAAUACCAGCUCAAAACAAGGCUGUCGUCAUCAGUGCAGCUUCAAUAUCUCAAGAAGAGCAUCCUUCAUCUUCUACCUCCUCCUCUUCUUCUUCUUCAUCUUCUUCUUCUUCGUCCAUAAAUGCAACUCCAUGUUUGCGCUCUUCCAUGCCAGAGGUUGAUUUGUUGCCCACUAUGUCUACUAGAUUAAUGCUGGCUGAAAAAAUCAGCAGCAGCUGCAGCAGCAGUAGGGCUAAUGCCAGUUCUGUUGAUUCUACUUCUUCUAAGGUUUCUUCUUCCCCUUUCACCCGUUCUCUAAAUUUGCCGUUGUCAAGUUGUGAAAAACCCAAGACAUGUACAAACUAUGCGCUGCCUCCAGUUCCCGCAUGCACAAAGCUGGGGAAGGGGAAAAGGGUAUCCAAUCAUCAGGAAGAUGUGCACACUCUGAGACUCCUCCACAACCGCUAUCUGCAGUGGAGAUAUACCAAUGCAAAAGCAGAGGCCUCCAACCAGGCUCAGCAAAGUGACAGUGAGAUAACACUUCAUUCUCUUGGGGUCAAGAUAUCCCAAUUGUGUGAUUCUGUGAAGAGUAAACGGAUAGAACUUGGGUUUUUGCAAAGAACAAACACUCUGUCAGCAAUUCUUGAAUCUCAAAUUCCAUAUCUGGAGGAGUGGUCUGCCUUCCAAGAAGAUUUUUCAGUUUCUCUAUCAGAAGCAAUUCAAGCUUUGUUGAAUGCCUCACUUCAGCUUCCAAUCAGCAUGAGUGUUAGGGUUGAUAUAAAAGAGGUAGGAGAGGCGCUAAAUUCUGCAGUAAAGGUGACAGAAAUAAUUGCUUCACAUGUUCAAGGCUUCAUGUCAAAGGCAGAAGAAACAGAGAAUUUGAUUUCAGAAUUAGCGAAAACAUUUGGGGGAGAAAGGACCCUUACUGAAGAAUGUGGUGAUCUGUUAUCCAAGACAUAUACAUCACAGGUGGAAGAGUGCAGCUUAAGGAGCCAGAUGAUCCAAAUGUGUCCUAGCACCACAAAAUAAUUGGGCUUUACAUAGUGGCCUUUUUGCUGCGGUUGCCAAAACUGCCGCUUAAAGGUUGCCAAAACCAGCAGUCUUACUUGCAAUACCAGCAGUUUAGAAAGCCACUGGUCUUGUUCCCCUUGUAGCAGCGGUUAGACCAACCGCUGGUCAAAACACAGCUGAACUGCCCCCUUUGCUUCCACAAUCCCCCUAUAUCUUUGUGGCGCCUCCAAAAUUUCCAAACCAGAAUUUUCCCUCCUCUCUACUCAAUCUGUCUCUCCCUCUCUUUUUAUAUUUGCUGAAGCGACACUAAGAGUUCAAGCACUGUUCAUUUGUUCUCCACUGAUUACAAGAUCAUGUCUUCUAUUUAUAGGUGUCAUUGAGUACUGGAUUGGCCACAUACUUUUCAACAAAUGCAUUAGCUCGGGGAACUUUUGAUUGAGGAUGACCAAUUAUGCUGAGAAGUUUGGAGCGUGCCACUGCUUAUUUUGGUUUAUUGUUUUUUGCUGUCGGAUGAACAACUCUCUAGGCAUGUUGUCUCUAUUUUUUAUUUUUUUUUGAGGAAGGAAUAUAAAAAAAUUUCAAUUGUUGAUUUAAGUUGGGUUUCAAUUUGUUAUGGAUUUUUAUGUUAUUUGUACAUUGGAUGACAUGAGAAAUAAAGAGGAUUUGAUUGAGUA